AUGACCCCUGAGGCCUGCAACUGCAGGCUCGUUGCCUGGUGCCCUACAUGGCCACCAGCGGCAGCGCCCAGCGUACCCCAGAAAGAGGCCUGCAGAGGUGACACCAUGGGACUGAAGCCCUACUGUAUGAAAGGCUUUAAGAUGGGUGUCAGCAGCAGCAGCAGCAGCAGCAGCAACUAUGACAAGGCACCUGUGUUAAACGACGAGCACCUGAGCAUACCCAACAUCAUCAUUACACCCCCAACCCCGAGGAGCAUGGGGCUGGCCAGAGACUCCAAGCAACCAGCCUGGAUAGAUGCCUGGUCAGCAUCUUACCAAGACACCAGCGAGUUGAAUCCUGAAGCCUCAGAAGUCACCAACUGGUGGGACCUAUAUGGCCGCUUCCUGCCUCACUGCCCCUUGUCCCAGGUGUUGGGCACAUGGCUACCUGGAUGA